UUUCGGGGCGGGAACGGGAACUCGGGGCGCACAGCUCCGGUCAAGACCACCCUCACACCCCUGCUGCUGCUGUAUUUUUCCCUCGGUGGUUCCGCCCUUCGAAGCAACCGGCCGAACUGCUGCAGCUUGCGGAGACGAAGGGUGAACAUGAUUCGCUCAAACGUGCGACGCCCAGUCAACACAGACGGAAGCUACGCCCGACGUUGGAAAGGAAGAAGACGAGGUUGGCCCAUGGAUGCGAUCUUCCUCGCGCUUGCUGGCGUUUUGCUGACGGCUUCGUCAACGGCAGACGCGGCAGAGGCGGCCCCUGCUUUGGACUUGUCUUCUAGCCUACGGUAUCAGUGCUGGGAAACCCACGGCGUUUUCGAGCGCGAUUGCUUCCACGACGAGACGCUGACCCUGGACCCGUACCCCCUGACGCCGGAGAUGUUCCCGCGGGCAAUUCGGUAUAGUACGUCCGACCUCACUUUGCACCGCGCCUUUCGCAGGGCGAGGGGUAGAGGGGUGCUGAAGGUCGUUGUUCUAGGGGGGAGUGUCACAUUCGGACACGAAUGCUCAUCACCGGCAGGCCUCGAGGGGAUCGCUUGUGCAUGGCCCCAUCGCGUGGAGCAGUGGUUUCAGGAAGAAAACGAAGACCUAGAUAUCGAGGUCACGAACGCGAGUAUUCCCGGAUUUGGAGUAAUGCAAUUUCUCCUUAAACGUCUGGACAAGACCCUACCAGUGGACUUGGAGGUUGACCUCAUCAUCGUCGACUUUGGAGUCAAUGACGCGGUCAUCGAACUAUUCGAGUACAACCUGGAGCACUUGAAGAUGGCGCACGAACUACUCAUCCGCUACAUCAGAUACACAAUGUUCCACUCGCCAGCGCUUCUCUACGCGGAGAGUUUCAUCGCACCAUCCCGAACCCUUCAAGUCCCGUGGCAAAGCGAAAACAUGGCGGAGGCGCACGCCAGCGUAACACGAAAGCACGACAUUCCCAUGGUGUCCUUCCGGGAUGCGGUUUGGCCGCAGAAGGAAGAUUACGCCGCUGCAGAGGUCAUCUGGGGACACUCGGUCCAUCCUGAUUGGCAAGUGCACCAGCUCAUGGCCGAUGUCGUGGCGUACUACCUUCAGCUAUCGUACGCUCGGUUCUUGGAGGUGUAUGGCCCGUCAUCGAACCCUAGCCCCAGCGAGAGGGAACUCCAGCGAUUUAAGAGUGGGAUGGGCUGCCUCGCGAAUCCUCGUUCAGCCAUUCUUCAGCUAGACAAGUACUUGGACGCCCCACCCCCGGAAGAGCUGGUGUCAGUUUCAGGAUCGUCGGUCUCGGGGGACGCUGGACCGACAGGGUUCAGGAAAGAUGCCACCGAUCCGGCGGUGGCGACGUUCGACCUUGUUUGUGACGGUGGCGUGGGGCUUCUAGACAUGGAGUACCUUGUGAGCUACGAGGGUAUGGGUUCGGCCAUGGUUGAGAUUGAGGCCGGGCCAACAGCGGAAGAUGUACAGGACGAGGGAAAUAGCAGCACGUCAACCGUGAUUGUCGAUGGGCUGUGGGAUUCGCACGCCUCGGUUCCCUCUUUUGAGACCAUUCCUAUUCCUGAUGCGGGUGGAGGGAGACAUGUUCGAGUAUCUAUUCGUAUUAUGUCGGCCGAAGGGGAACGUUCGUCCUCUUCCUCCCGCCUUUUCGACUUCAAGGGUGAUUUAGACAGAGAGAAAGAAGUGCGAGGAGACCGCAAGUUUAAGCUUAUCAGCUUGCAGUGCUGUUGAGCUGGUUGAUCGGUAUUGUUGUGCUCAGUAAUGAAAUUAUCGCGACAACAUGUCCCAUGUGGUGCGUUUAUAGUAAUGUAACCAAUGCUGGGUACCAGGAGUGGACGUUGAGGUCCUGCAACCAUUCGAGUUAUAAGGCGUAACAGUCGUUCUGCUUGCGCGAGGAAUCCAACAAAUUAGCCGCUUGCGAAGGUGUACCGAUUCAG